UACCAAGGCACCAAACCAAAACAGUUUGUGCAUAGGAAGUAGGCCUAAGCGAGAUCAAGAGGAUUUUAUACGACCCAAACCCAUUGGAGGUCCAGAUGUAUUCUUGACAUAUACUUGCAGACAUAUUGUCAACAUGAGUACAUCACAGUCACAGUCGUUUAUCAGUGAUGAGGAGGAUGACCUCGACAAGGAACUAGAUGCUUUCAUAGAGGAGAAAACGGAACCAGAGCCAGUCAAAGAAACCAAAGAGGACAAAAAUGUCAAUGAGCCACCAAAGAGCAAUAACAUUGCCUCAGAUAGUGAGGGAGAGACUGAGGAAAAAGGACAGAGGGAAACAUCUGGUGAAAAGUCAACUGAUGAUGAGUGGGACGAACAGGAACUGAGCGAAGAUCAGAAACGGGCCAUGAUGGAGCUGGAGAAUCUCCGUAACAUGGAUGACGGUCUACCUACAGAGGAUCCUCCAGAGUACGACGUGACAGCUCGUGUAAAACAGCUCAACGAGGAGCUCGCCAACGAUACUACGCCAACGGAUAAAAAACGAGAAUCUCGUGUUUUGUUCAAGGAAGACCUUGUGGAUCUUGUAGCGCCCCCUCCUGACUAUGGUGAGGGGGAAGAAGGUCCACAACAGAAUCAAGAAAGUAACACCGUUUCAGAUAAAUCGGAAACCUCAAAAAAUAACUCUAAUACUCCCCCUGGAACAAAACGGUCAGACAACAAAGUGUUGAUAGAAAGAGGAGGAAAUUUUGAACUUGUAAAUGCUGAUGAAGUGACGGCAGAUGAUAUGGGGAUUCCCCUGUUUGACAACGACAAAGAGAACGAGGAUAACAUUAGUGGUGCUGGUAACACAAACAAUAAUAAUUCAUCUUCAUCGUUUAACAGAAAACCAGCACCCCCAUCUAACCCCCGACCCUCCACAGCGACAGGACCCUCCCGCAGGUCUAUGCGACCCGCCCAAAAAACUCGGGCACAAUCGGCAGGAUCAAGAAAUACUCCUAUUAAUCAUUCUUUUCCUCUGAAUGCCAACUAUCGGUCACCAUAUGCCUUGUCGCUGAAGGAGAAAGAUAUGUUGGAGCAACAAAAUAAACAAAAGGAGGAACAAAGAAGGGAGGACGAAAGAAGAAGGAAAAGGGACGAAGAAGAUAAACAAAGUUAUAAUGAGGACCUGUUUCAGUCUUGGUUGUCAAAGGUUAGACAGAGAGAGAAACAGAAAAAAGAAAAGGAAGAGGAAGAGAUGAGAAAAAAUCAAAAACCAGAUAAGAGGAGAUCUAAAGAUAAGCAGAAAAACAUGGGCCAGGAUGAAUAUGACAACUCUGAUGAUGAGGAAAGAUCUCAAGAUAAGUGGGAAGAUGACGAUUAUUCUGAUGAGACUCAAAAGAACAACGAGCUGUUCAAGGAGUGGGUACAGACCAAGUCGGAACAAAAGAAGAGAGAAAAGCUACUGUCGAAGCGGCAGGAGCAGGAGACUAACGAAGGACUCAUCAUACGGUCACGAGAUGAUUGUGACAAGGCUUUCAGGGACUGGCUCCGACGAAAAAGUACUGAUCUAAAAAGAGCAAGAGCAAUUGAAAGACAGAAGGCAAGAAUGAUGCGAAUCGCGGCAAGAAAGGCUCGGAAAACACAGGCAUUGACGAAAGCUGUUCGCCAAUCAAACGCAUUUCGCUAUGUUGAUUAUUACGGAUACAGAUUUUAGUUUUUAAUUAUUUGUUUCAUAAUUUGUAGAAUAAUUUAUGCAGUAAAACUUUAUUCAGCUGUCCGUCAUGGUUUAUCGAUAUCACUAAGUAUAUAUGUGCGCAGACCAGUAACUCCGGCUGCUGAUAGUUAACAAGUGGCUCUUGUGUGUUGUUCUGACUUAUUUUCUUAUCGUUACUGUGACUAUUAUUUUCCAUUUAUUGUACAUUUUAGCUUGAUAACUAGAUAGACCUGAGGAAAAUAUUCAAAUUAUUUAAAAAUUGUGCCAUUUGGGGAUUGUAGAUAUUUUUUUAUAGUAGCUGACAUGAAUAUGCAAGUUAGAAUUUAGAUAUUUGGAACUUUUAGAAGAUUAUUUUCCAUCUUGUGUCCCCCGAGGUAAUUGUUAACAGAAACAAAACAGAUGUAAUCAUUAAUUGUAAUACUGGUUGUGAACUAUACUGACCAUAAACUCAGUGCGGUUGGUCAAUGUAAAAUGAUUCACAGCUUAACUUUUAACCCUUUCACCACUGUAGACCAUAAUGGACUCAUCCAGAUCAAUGCAUGGUAGAGUCUACUUAAGUUACAUGGGGGUGAAAGGGUUAAAUAUCAAUUAAUAGAUUUCAGGCUCAUUUAAUUUAGAGUAAUCAAAUAGUAAAGUUAUACGCCUUAAGUUUAAAGGAAAGUGCAUCUAGUUAUUUGUUGAAUUUAGUCAGAAGAUAUGUAUAACAAAUUCUAUCUAUUCAUAUAUUUCUGUAUAUUUUUCAUUGUCUGACUAAAUUGUCUGUUUUAUUUGGUACUUAAACCUACGACAGGUGUGAGAAAAAUGAAGACAAAGUUUAAGUCAUGUUACUGCCAUACUUAAUUUGUGUAAACUUAGAUUAUUUUUCUCAUGAAAUACAGUUCCACAAGCCUAAAGCCUUGAGCUAGUAGAUUUCAUUUUCAAAACUGUGAAAUCACUACUUUUCAUGGGUUUUUUUUAAUUUGUUGAUUUUUUGGGUAAUCUUUAUCCACGAAUUCAUAGGUCCAUGAAGUAAUUAAAAGUUUGAUAUAAGGCAAUUUCCCCAUUGGGUGGCCACUUGUAAUCCUCAAAUUCAUGUACAUUGUACUCACAAAAUGUUUUUUGUCAGGGAACCACAAAAUUUGGGGCACUCAAAAAUAUCUGAUUUCACAGUAUUUACCAGGAAAAUAAUGGUUAAGAUAUUAGAUUUUAAAAAUCUGCCUGCAAGCUCAUUCUCUGAUAUGAAAUUGUACACUUUUUGUUUCUUGGAUUCCUGGAGAAAAAAAAAACAGAAAAAAAAUACAGUAGUUAAAUUAUUUGUUAAAUAAUUACUUGAGAUAUUGUCUGGUUCAGGGAUUUGAGUAUCAGGUCUGUUACAAACAAUGCCCAGCUUUAGCAUUUGUUUUCCUGUCUCUUUCAUUUAGUUUCCAUAUGGUUUAAAUUUUAGUAUGCAUAAAUGCAGUAAGGUAUGAUUGUAACAAAGCCAAACUGGAUCUUGAUGACAACAUUUUUUAAGCUUAGAGAAAUUACUAGUCAUCUGUCAUCUGUUUGUUUGAACCCUCUCAUUUCAUAAUCCUGUACAUCAUAGACAAUUUUUAUGUUUUUUAAACUAUUUUGAAAUAGAGUUUUCCUGCAAUACACAAUUCAGCCCAUUUGAACUAUAUGUUGCUGAUCUAAGGGAGAUAACCUUCAAUUUAGGGAGAUUUUUUUAUGUUUAUUCUACAAAUUAAAGACUACUUUUAAAAA